GCCAUGGCGGUCAGCGGGGCUGUGGAGCCCGGGCCACCGGCGGCUACUGCCGCUCCCUCGCCCGCCCCGGCCCGGGCUCCAGCCCCCGAGCACUUGUUCCGGCCUAUCAGCGCUGAGGACGAGGAGCAGCAGCCCACCGAGAUCGAGUCGCUGUGUAUGAACUGUUACCGCAAUGGCACGACGCGCCUCCUGCUCACCAAGAUCCCUUUCUUCAGAGAAAUAAUCGUGAGCUCCUUUUCCUGCGAGCACUGUGGCUGGAACAACACCGAGAUCCAGUCGGCUGGCAGGAUCCAGGAUCAGGGAGUGCGCUACACUUUGACCGUCAGGGCCCAGGAGGACAUGAACAGAGAAGUGGUGAAAACGGACUCUGCCACCACAAGGAUCCCGGAGCUGGAUUUUGAAAUUCCUGCCUUCAGUCAGAAGGGAGCUCUGACCACUGUCGAAGGACUGAUCAGCCGUGCAAUCUCUGGCCUGGAGCAGGAUCAGCCUGCCCGAAGGGCAAAUGAAGAAGCUGUAGCUAAAAGAAUUGAUGAGUUCAUUGUCAAACUGAAAGAGCUAAAGCAAGUGGCCUCUCCUUUCACUCUGAUCAUUGAUGAUCCCUCAGGGAACAGCUUUGUGGAAAACCCCCAUGCUCCCCAGAAAGAUCAUGCCCUCGUGGUCACACACUAUAGUCGGACUCCACAGCAGGAAGAAAUGCUGGGGCUCCAGGCUGAGGCGCCACCAGAAGAGAAGCCAGAAGAGGAGGAUCUCAGAAACGAAGUGCUGCAGUUCAACACAAACUGUCCAGAAUGCAAUGCUCCGGCUCGGACCAACAUGAAGCUAGUUCAAAUCCCCCACUUUAAGGAGGUUAUCAUCAUGGCUACCAACUGUGAGAACUGCGGCCAUCGGACCAACGAGGUGAAAUCUGGAGGAGCGGUAGAGCCCUUGGGCACCAAGAUCACCUUCCAUAUCACAGAUCCCUUAGAUCUGACCAGAGAUGUGCUCAAGUCUGAGACGUGUAGUGUGGAAAUCCCGGAGCUGGAGUUUGAACUGGGAAUGGCCGUCCUGGGGGGCAAGUUCACCACAUUGGAGGGGAUACUGAGAGACAUCCAGGAGCUGGUGACCAAGAACCCUUUCACACUGGGUGACAGUUCCAAUCCUGGCCAGAUGGAGAAACUGCAGGAGUUUAGCCGGAAGUUAGACCAGAUCCUUCAGGGUGACAUGAAGGCCCACUUUAUUAUGAAUGAUCCAGCAGGAAACAGCUACUUUCAGAAUGUGUAUGCACCUGAAGAUGAUCCUCAAAUGAAGGUGGAGCAUUAUGAGCGCACAUUUGCCCAAAACGAGGAGCUAGGGCUCAAUGACAUGAAGACAGAGGGCUAUGAGACAGGCCUGGCCCCACAGCGGUAGCGACGGGUAGUUCCCGAGCCAGCCUCCCGUGCUGCUCAGACCGAAGGGUUAUUUAUUGCUAUAGGGAAAGGCUGGGGGGUGUCCAUAGCCCGCAUGUGGGGAGGACACCUGGUCUGAGAGAUAUGGGCAGUUUUGUGAACAGUUUGUGAUGGAAGUGCAAGCCUGUUGCUUUACUUGACUGUAUCUUGGAGGUUCUGAAUUGGCCUGGGAAGAAACCCAGAAAUGAACCAUGGGGCACGUCAUUAUCCCUUUUUUUCCUACCAGCUCUUUACCCUCCCUCCACAUAAUGCUCUGUCUAGGGUUGGAACUCUGAAGAUGGAAGACGGCUACAUCUGGAGUUUGGGAGUUGGCUGGGGAAUAUAAAAUACUGGCUUUACACAGGAAAAGAGUCUUCUGAGGGGAGGGAGUCCAGCACGGGGUAAAAGCUCUCAUUAAAGUGAUGGCUUUCCAACAGGA